CGCGAGCGAGCGAGCGAGAGAGAGAGAGAGCGAGAAGUAAAAUGGCCGACCGUCAACUAACUGACUUUCGAGCGCCUUAGAAAAGCAGUAGAUCGUGAGUGUUUACUCUGCAAGAGCCCGCCGAGACACUAAAUGCCUUCGGAGGGUGUCUCCUGACUGGUUCAGCCGAAGGGCACCGUCGCAGCGCGUCCCAUCCAGCCUCGGAUGCCACCGAAAGCAGGAAUCCGCACAGAAGCACUUUAUUUCACAUGUAAUUCCUGAGAGAGGAGCUUCAGGAAAGGGAACAGCAGUUCAUGGAAGACAAGAAAAGGAAGAAAGAAGAAAAACGUAAAAGGGAAGCAUCCCAGAAGGUUGCAGAACAAAAAAACAAAGUGCCAGAAUUGACCAAGCCAACGUCCCCUCAGUGUCUGGCCACCCCCAGCUCUGUGUCCCCCAACCCUGGCCCCCCUCCCUCACCAUCCCCCUCCCAGGCCACCGCUCCCGCCGGCGGCCUCGCCCAGGGUGGCAACAAUGCCAAGCGGGCAGCGGUGGCCAACGGGCAGCCUCCUUCCGGCGCCCAGCCCCCCCAGCGCUACAUGUCCCGAGAAGUGCCCCCCCGAUUCCGCUGCCAGCAGGACCACAAAGUGCUACUGAAGCGGGGCCAGCCGCCGCUGUCCUGCAUGCUGCUGGGGGGGGGCAACGGCAAUGGAGCCAGCUCCCCCCCCUCACAGGGAGACGGCCCAAAUGCAACGGCUGCUGGAGCCACAGAUCCCAGUCUUGGAUCUCUGGGUCCAGCAGUUCCUUCACCCCCCCACUCUUCUUCCUCCUCCUCCUCCUCCUCAUCAUCAGUCGCUGCUUCUUGUACUACGAAUUAUGCAAAUUCCACUUCGGGGGUGAGCUCGGGAAGCCAGCCCCCGUCUCAGGGCUGUGAGAAGGUGAUUUUUGACGGGUCUGACCUGGAGGAGUGGCCCAGCAUUGUGGGCGGGGCCGGGGGGGACAGCAUGGGUGCGGGGGGGGCGGAGACCGGCGGUGCCUCAUGGAGUGACAGACACCCCCAGCAGCAGAAGGGAGUGGGUGUGAAUGUGGGGGCCGGGAAGGCUGGUGCCACGGGUAGCUCCUCCCCUCCAUCCUCCACUUCCUUUUCGCCCAACGAAUGUACGCAGCCCGGGGGUGUCGCAUGGGGGUCGGCACCCCCCAAAUCCAAAGCCACUCCUUUCCCUGGGCCCUCAGAGGGUGCGCUUGGGGCCAGUGGUGGGAUUCCCGGUGCCAACUUCAACCCCAGUGCCAACCCAUCUGCCUGGCCUGCUUUGGUGCCCGAAGACACGGCCGGCACAGAGGGGGCGCCUGCGGCGGAGGGCAAUCAGGCCUCCCUCCAGCCUCCCCCUUCCCCGUCUGCCAGCCCCGCCCUCGCCAAUCCGGCCAGCCACCCACGUGAUGUGCAAAACAGGGACAGAGAUCCCCUCCCCGGGGAGUGGGGGGGUGCAGCUUCGGAUCCAAGAGUAGGACCAAAAACGGCAGGGGACGUGGACAGUGGAGUUGCGGUCGGGGAAGAGCCCUCUGCAUCUUCAUCGUCAUCCUCUUCCUCCUCCUCCUCCUCGUGGAGGGUACAGUCUUUCCCUGCGAACUCUAAAACGAGUGCCUCCCGGGUCGAGGUGUGGGACGGUGGGGCGGAAGGCACCGCGGGUCCCGGGGGGGAAGGUGGGGUCCCUUGGGGGCACGAGGAGAAGGGAGUCGCAGCAGCGUCAGGGGCCCAGGGCUGGCCAUCGGGAAACGGGGGUGGCUGUAGGACCCUCGGGGAAUCUCAGGGAGUAUGGGAAGGAGCGACAGGGGAGGAGCUUUCGGUCGAAGAGUGGGGUAAUCCAGGUCGGGGGGCGUCUCCAGAGGACGCAAGUAGUUUGACUGGGUGCGGCAGCGAGGGUGGUGGAGGCAGCAGCAACAGCAACAGCAGCAGCAGGGGCAGCGUUGGAAACACUCCCACCUCCACCUCCGUCACUCCCACAACUGCAACAAGAGCUUGGGACAAUCAGACGGGUGCCAGUGAGGGUGGGGCCGGAGAGGGAGAAGAGUGGGGGGGGCAGGGAAAGGGAGCAGCCAGCGGGGCGUCAACCUCCAGUGGAGGGCGCUCCAGGGCCAGCGGUGGCCAUGGGCACCACCGCUCCUCCCACCCACCACCCAACCCUGAAGUGGCCUUGCAGAACCUACUCCGGCGGACGGACCUGGACCCACGGGUGCUUUCCAAUGUGGGCUGGGGGCAGACCCAGAUCCGGCAGAACGUGGCCUGGGACUUGGAGGAGGGGUGCGACAAGGGCAGUGGCACGGUGAACCCCGCCCCCUAUUCCGCCACUGCCAUCUCAACGACUACUGAUCCAAUGGCAGCGAGCCAGUGCCCUGGAGAUGCCCCCGCAAGAGAUGGAUGGGAUGGAGGGGGUGGGCCCCGCGGUGUCCCAAUGUCUGGGUCGGGAGUGCGAAACCCCGUGGUCCCCCAGGCCACUGGGGGCAGCAUUGGUGGUCCAGGGAAGGGUGUGUGCGGCUGGGGAGGGGUUAGUCCUGGAGAGGGCCAGGGGAAAGGCUGGGGUGAUGAUGGCCCAGAGUGGAGGGAGCACAGGGGUGGCGAAUCUGGGGAGUGGGGAGCCUUCGGGCAACAGGGUACUGUGGCAGGUGUGGGGGGGAGCAGUUGGGGGGGUGGGGCGGAGGAGAAAGGCACAGGAGGGUGGAAGGAUCCAGGGAGGGAGGGGGGCUGGGGACAGAGGGGUGGCAGCGACUGGGCAAAAAGGGAGCUGAAAUCGGAACGGGGUGUCUGGGGGGAGGGUAAGGGUGGGGCAGGGAAUGACCCCGAAGUCGGCUCCUGGGGCAGCUGGGAUGAGGGGGGGUCGAGAAGGGGGUGGGGGAGCGGAGACAAAUCUCACCAAGGGUGGGGGGGCAAGCAGACGCCAAGCAGCCAGGCUACGGCGGUGCCCAAGGGCCCUGUGCAGCACCAACAAUCGCAGCCCCAGCAGGUGGCGCUUCUGGAUGCGGGGGCCACGCAUGGAGCUGGAGCCGGUCGGGGGGGGGCCCCCUCCCAAAGCCAGAACCAAAGCUCCGGCUGGACUUCGGGACCCAUGCCGGCGCUGGCGGGUGGCCCUGGCGAGCGCCCCGAGCCCAGCGGUUGGGAGGAGCCAUCGCCACAGAGUGUCAGCCGGCGCAUGGAAAUCGACGACGGCACGUCGGCCUGGGGCGACCCCAGCCGCUACAGCGGGAAGAGCGUCAACCUGUGGGACCAGAACGGCGCUGCCACCACCGGCCCCCAGCCUCAGGGCCAGCCCCCCGCCCAGCAGCAGCAGCAGCAGCCACCCGCCGGGAGGCCUGGCGGCCGGGAGCCGGGGCACGGCCAGGGCAAGGCGGCGGCUAUGGCUCCAGCAUCGUGGGGAGGUGGGGGUAGCCACAGUGACCCGGCUGUGGACAACGGCACCGCCGCCUGGGGGAAAGCCUCCGAUGGGCCUGCAGCCUGGGGGGACCCGGAAGAUUCCGGAAAGGGCUGGGGGAAUCCGUCCUCCGGUGCGGGGAAGUCCGGCUCCAAGUCUAUGCAAGAAGGCUGGGGAGAGGGGGAGACCUCGGUUAGCGCCUCGCGCCACUCCAGCUGGGAGGAGGAGGAGGAGCCCACCGCCGUAUGGAGCAACGCCGGCUCCCAGGGAAGCAGCUCCUCCUACAACUCUGGGGGCUGGGGGCAAGGCCACGGGGGCAAGAAGGGCAACAGCAAGGUUUCCUUAAAGUCUGGAGGAGAUUCCUGGAUGAAUCCUAUGAACAGACAGUUCUCCAACAUGGGGAUUCUGGGAGAGGAGCCUGGCGGCAGGCCCCUCGAUCUGGCCACCGCUCCUCCCCAGGACAAGAAGCUGGAAGGAGAAAAGCGAGGGAUGAGUCUCGGCGACUACAGCGAGGAGAUGCGCAAGGGAGGCCGUGGAGGCCCAGUCUUCCGUUCAGCCGGGUCCAAAGAGGCUGGGCCUGCUGAUCCUGGGCCUUAUUAUGACAAGGUGGGGGGUCACGGCAUGUUCAGUGGUGGCGGCGGAAUGGCCCAGUCGCGGGGCAUACACCCCAUGAACCCGUCCCCAGGGAUACGAGCACAAGUGCCUCCUCAGUUCCUGACGCCUCAGGUGCCGGGCUCCGUGCUGAAGCAGGUGCCCCCUCCCAGCAGUGGCGUGGGCGGCCUUGGCAUGGGAGGGGUCGGGGGCUUCCCACCCCAGCUAUCCCCCCAGCAUCUGGCUGUGCUGAGUACCAUCUACCCCCAGGUGCAGCAGUUCCACCUGGCUUGUCAGCUGCUCUUGCAGCAACAGCAGCAGCAGCAACAGCAGCAGCAGCUCCUGCAGAACCAGAGGAAGUUCCAGUCCCAGUCGCUGAGGCCGCAGCCAGAUCCCCAGCAGCUGGCGCGGGUCAUGGCUAUCCUCCAGCAGCAGCAACAGCGGCAGCAGCAGGGCCCGGGGUCUGGGGCUGGCUCUAAGCUAUCCCCGUCCCACCUGGGGGGUGGCGCUCCCAAGCAGCCCCUGGCUGAGCCGCCGGGCGCCCCGGGGAUGGUGAGCUCGCUGGCCGACCUGCACUCCAAAGCACAGGCCGGAUAUUCGGGGUUUUCCCCCGGUCCGAACCUGCCGGGGCUGGAGUUGGGCUCCAUGGUGAGCAGCCCCGGGAGUGUGAAGGAGACUGGAGGACAGCACUCUCGUUUUAAGUGGAUGAUGGAGGGACACUCGCCGGCACCCCCGUCCCCUGACCCGACUCUGCACAAGAACGGCCCUAUUUCGGCUCCAGUUAAGCUGCGGGGAGGAUCUCCUUACUACCAGUAUGAUAUGCUGGGGGGUGAAGGCUUUGGGGUGCCCCCUCAGGGCGGCUCUGACAACUGGCAUCGCACUCCAGGAAACAAAAUGAGCUCCAAGUCGGGCAGCUCGAGCUGGCCGCCAGAGUUCCAGCCUGGCGUGCCCUGGAAGGGAAUCCAAAGCGCCGACCCUGAAUCGGACCCGUAUGUGACUCCUGGCAGUGUGCUGGGCUCCUCGGGGGCCUCCAACCUCAGUGACCCCGAGCACCAGUUACUGAGAGACCACACAGGGACCAACCCCUCCCUCGGUACCUUGCUGCCUUCCGCCGGGGCCUGGCCCUACAGUGGCCCAGACAGCCCUGUCAGCAAUGCACACAGCUCAGCAAAGUACGCAGAGUAUAAACCCAGCUGGCCCCCAGAUCCCAUCGGCCCCAACAAGCUGUGGAAGUCUGGCCCCAAGAGCUCCCAGCUGCCCCGCCCCCCUCCCGGCCUGACGGCCCAGAAGCCUCAGUCCCCAUGGGCAGGUGCGGCUCCCAGGCCGCCUAGGGGCUGGGGUGCCCAGGAGAUGAGAUACAACCAAGGCUCUGCAUGGAGUGAUGCUGGAGCUUCGAGGGGCAGCUGCUGGCUGGUGCUGAGCAACCUCACCCCCCAGAUCGACGGCUCCACUCUCCGUACAAUCUGUAUGCAGCAUGGCCCCCUGCUGACCUUUCACCUCGGACUGACCCAGGGCAGCGCUCUGAUUUGCUACAGCAGCAGACAGGAAGCAGCCAAGGCCCAGAGUGCACUGCACAUGUGUGUCCUGGGCAAUACCACAAUCCUGGCAGAAUUUGUUAGUGAGGAAGAAGUCAGCCGGUAUUUUGCACAUUCCCAGGGGGGAGGGAGCGGGAGUGGAAGCGGGGCUGGGUCCGGGGUGGGUCAAGGCCCAAUGGGCACCGGCACAACGGGGGCCGGCGGCCGAGGGAGCCCCCCAGGAAGCGAACGAGCGGCCGGAGGCAACGGCAAUGGCGGCAGUGCUGGCCCUCCUACCUCCGGCUGGCAGGGUUUGGACGAUACAGGCAGCUCGCCGGACGCCCCUUCUGCCCAAGGUCCCGGGAUGGGUAUCUUCACCCAGUGGAGCAGUAACGGGGGCCCUAUUGGGGGGACAGGGGUUGGGGUUGGUGUGGAGGCCAUGGAACCAGGCAGGGCUGGGCUCUGGGGAGGCAUGACCCCAGGCUACCCUGGGGGCAGCAGCCUCUGGGGGGCACCGCAGAUGGAGGACAGGCACCAGAUGGACAGCCCGGCUGCACUGUUGCCCGGCGACCUUCUUGGGGGUGGGGCCGAUUCCAUCUGAGAAGCACGCGUGCAUUUUUUUUUCUUUUCCCAUCCAAAACCAUCAUUGUGGCGUGCAAUGUAAAUUGCAGGAAGUGACACACAGGGCGGUACUUGUGCAGACAUGCGUUCACACGCCUAGAUGUAUUCCACCAAAAAACCUAAUCAAAAAAAAAAAAAAACCAAGAUGUAGACUGUGAGGCACCUAUGUGAGGCCUUUCUCUUAAAUGAAGACUAAACUGCAAGACUUGACCAGAAGGAGAACUAGGUGAUCUGAGAUGCUGAAUCUCAGCUUGAUAAGACCUAAACUGAAGCUGGAUUGAAACCAUAUAUGCACACACACGCACACGCAGACCGAAGCUCAGACAGGUGGAUGUGCUAGUCGCCACACGUGAUUGGACGACCAUAUACAAUCUGUAAAUCCCUGCAAAUUCAGGCAGAUUGUAUCUCACACAGACAUACACACACUGCUCUGAUGUUUUACAGAUUUUUUAUUUUUUUUUUCCUACUUUCGGAUGGUGGAAUCCAGAAACGAUGUCAUCCUUCCCUUCAAAUGCUGACCUCGUUUUCUUGUUCAGUCAUCGUUCGUUGUCUUUAUUAUGAUGACUUAUUUUGCUAUGCGAGGCACUCGUGACUUUGUGUGUGCGUGCGUGCGCGUGUGCAUUAGUGUUAGUGAAUCGUGUGGAAGCUGUUAGUGCAUGAGUGGGUGACCAAAUCCAGGGUGUUUUGUCUGAUGUUCAUGAGACAGAACAUGGUGUGUGUGUGUGUGUUUGUUCGCGCUGCUCGUUUGUGGUCGUUCCUCGAGUGACUGGUGAGAGGGUGCACGAGGCAGCUUACAUUUAAGUGUUAUAAACAUUUUGGAGUGGGCUUGGUAAAUGUAUGCAGAGUAUAUGUGGGUGUGUGUCUAGGUCACACAUUCGACACCAUUGGCACUAAUUAAUCUUUUUUGCUUUGGUUUUUAGCGGCAGUUUUGUCUGAAUUGCAGUAAUAAUAUUAAUAAAGAAACGCAAACAACCGAAAGGCAUAGAUAUUGAAAAAUGCCAAAUCUUUACCUAGUGGAGCUGGACGGGUGUUUACAAAUGCCUAAAAAAGUAUAUGUGUGUGUGUGUGUGUGUUUGUUUGUUUUUCCCCUUUCUUAUAGUUUAAAUACAAGACAGGCUUUAACACUCCUGUUUGUGUGUUUCUUACAAAAGAAGUAAUUUAACAAAGCAAGUAGAAUGAAGCAGUGUUUCUCAAUCCAGUCCUCGGGAACCCCCAGAAAGUCCAUGUUUUUGCUCCUUCCCAGCUCGUACUGAGGGUCCCUGAGGACCAGGUCGGGAGACCCUGGCAUAAAGUAGUCUCCUGUCCUAUGGUUUUGUAUCCUCCUUCUGAGGGAGCAGGAUUUAUGUUUACAAUUCAGUCCAUUUAGCUGUUCAUAAUCAGAGGUGCACUUCUAGACAAUUCGCUACACUCGCGAUUCGCGGCGUUCUGAUUGUCAUUCUUGUUUUAGUUGCUACUGACUGUAUCCCUAUCGCUAUCCUGGAAGCUUGCCCCCCCCCUCCCCCCUCCCCAUGUGUAGUCUGUUUGCCCUGUUCUUUGUUAAAAGAACCACUGAUGUACCAGCUGUUACCUUUACUUUGUAUUUUAUUUUUUAACUUCUGCAGGAUCCCUUUUAUGUACACUGACUUUGAGUUGUUUCCUUGCCAUUACUUGACCACACUUGUAUUGAGAGCAUAAGGUAAUAAGGUACCGGCUUAAGCUGCCCAUACCCAAGCACUACCAGGGCGCUGUGACAGAAGUUUGACUUGCUUGACUAUCAGAUCAUUUUUGCAUUGCUGCCUUUGCAGGUGGGGGCCUUAUCACAAUCCACCAGUUACUGUAAUGGUGUCGUCCCUCAUUAUCUCCCCCCCCCCCCCCCCUCCCCCCCAAGCUCAUGAGUCUCCUGUGAAACGGACUGUCUCAGGUAGGUUAGCCUGCAGGGGAAAGCUCAAGAGUCUGAGCCUCUCGCGCCCCACACCGGCCCGGGAGGGUUACGGCGGAGUGCUCUCCGGGGUCUAUGGGCAGUGCUGGACACGGCACGCAUUACCGGGUAUUAAAUUCAGGGCAUAGCAGCAGCCCCAGCGUAGGUUAACGUUAAAGUAUCCCUCGGCCUGUGACACUGGUUUUGCACAGAUCCUCUGUGAUAUUGGCGUCAGCCUGUAAUGUAGCCAGUAAAAGCACUCUUCCAUUUCAGUCAAACCAAACUAGGCCUUGACCCGACUGCCCUGUUGGCUGCGAGAGUCCGAGCAGCUGGAGAGCAUCUGUUUAGCGCUUGUUCGUUAGAAAGGGUUACCUGACGUUGACACCUAAAAUAAAGGCUGGAACUUUG